GGUCUCCCUGUGUUUUCGGUGUUUCCUCCGGGUACUCCGGUUUCCGUCUCUCGUCCAAAGACAUGUAUUUUAGGCUGAUUGGCAUCUCUAAAUUGUCCCUAGUGUGUGAUUGUACCCUGUCCAGGCUGUCCCCUUCCUUGUGCCCCAAGGCCCCUGGGAUAGGCUCCAGGAUCUCCACGACUCUGUGUAGGAUACGCGGUACAGAAAAUAGAUGGAUGUAUUAGAAAAAAUGUUUAGACUGAUUUGUUUUUGUCUGAUAGUUGUAUGAUUUUAACACUUUUAUAAAUAAUGUUAGAGUAACCGCAAGGCUGAUAAAUCGUUGUAAAAUGCUCCUGGUUGAUAGAUCUAAGUGUGCCGUAACAAAACUAACUGAUCGCUAUCUGAUACAUGAACUCUUUUUGAGCAUCCUGAUGGUCUUUUUUUUUAAACUACUGAUCUAAUGAAUUGAAGAGAUUAAUUCAUAUUGUGUAACCAGAUUGAAAUGUGGAAAUGUUUAACAAAUGUUCUCUGGCAUUGGUGUGGAAAGCUUCAGCUGUGUUUACAAAGGCGAUACAAACACUUGAAUGAACAUCAAGAUCAUCAUCAUCAUUAUCAUCAUCAUCAUGUGCUGUCUAGCCUUCCAUAGAAGGGUAAAAAGAAGGACCAAGCCAGAAAAACCAGCAAAGAAACGCAGUGUUCUUUCAUUUAAUUAACAUUUAUAACCAGCCUGGUUUCAGCCUCACUGGUGGCCAAAAUGCAACUGUGGAACUUCUCUUCUCUGUGGCUUGGCCAGCAGUUACGUACAUAAUAUGGUGAAUGAGUCAGUCUUCAUACCAGCACAACACCUCAGUCCAUUACAUGCUUCACUCAGUGUUAAAGAGCUGUUUAAGCCCCAUUGCUCUCCCACUGUGUGCAUCACACACUCACAGCAGGGGCUAUGUCCUUUCUCCCUUACACAAGCCCACAUUCCUGUGCUUUUAUGCUGAGGGGAAGUGGGUAGUCAAGCUUUACAGCCACUGGACGAGACACAAAAACUAGAGGGUCAAGCCAAGGUGUGUGUAAACAUCAGUGUUCAGUGGUUAGAUAUUAGCAAAUAAUUUCUAGAGCUUGAACUUACUUGUUUCAACAGGUUGAAAUGUUAGCUAUAUGCAUAUAUUGCAUAUAUUAAAGAAUUUAAUCCAUUUAUACUUAAAUUUAUUUCUGAGACAGUUUUAUCCAAAGUAAUUCAUGUGAGGAAGACUAUAGAUAAGUCCAAAGUUUGCAUAACCUUCAAGGACCUUGAUAGUAAUAAUAACUAGCCAAGUUGUGAUGUUUGACUGGAACAUUUCCAUGUUAAUGAAUGUGGCAUUUCAUUGUUCUACAAGCUUCAUAUCUGACUACUUCAUUAUGCCCACAUGCCAUUCCAGCAAAUUUUUUGCCAGUCCCCAUCCCAGUCCCAGUGCACACCUCUGAAUUGAAGAACUUGCCAAGGCACUGUCUGUGAUUAUUUGCAUUGGAGAGUUUUUUUUGUUCAUCUGGGCUGAGAUAUCUGUGAGACAAGUGGAGAUAUGUACCUAUUCACAAUGAUGUGGUGUGAAGUGAGAGCACCAAGCAUAGAGCCUUGAGGUACAUUGUAUAUAACUGAUACAAUGUGAAUGCAUUUGUCUUCCACAACAGUAUAGAAUGUUCCUGAGUCAAAGUAUAUAAUUACCAGAAGGCAACAUGUGCUCCAUGUACAAUAUUAGAAACACCUAAAUGUCUGUUGAGGUCAAAAUUGUAGAAAGUGGACAGAAUAAUCUGUUGGUUCCAAGAACUGAGGACUUGCCAGAAGCUUCUGCAGAUUAACGUCAAAAGGGCAGUUGCGAUGCUGUUGCUGCUCUUUAAGCCAUCAUUAACAUUUAAUCUCAUCACAGCACAGCUAUAUCAAAGUCAAAGUCAUGUACUGUCAUGUGUACAAGUACAGUGUACAAGUAAAAUGAAAAACGUUCUUCAAUGCUACUCCACAGAUUUUAGUAAAGACAGGAAUACAACAGAUACAUCACUGCUACAUAUGUACACAAAGUGUACACGUGUGCACAAAAUGUACAAGAGUUAUAAAAAUAAUAAUUGCUAGACAAUGACUGACAAUACAAUAAGACAAUAAAGUGACAGUUGCGCAAGGUGAUUGUGGUCGUUCGUGUAGCGCUCUGUCUUUCUGAGCCAGCGUGUAGUGUACAUGUCCUCAACUGCUGGUAGCUGUGUGCCGAUGAGUUUCUGAGCUGUUUUUACAACCCUUUUAGGGCUUUCCUUUCCAGUAUGGAGCAGCUGCCAUAUCAGGACGCAAUACACCCUGUAUGCUACUUGCACACAGCAUUGAAAUGUUUAUUUUACAUUACAGUUAACUCUGCAAUUAGCUCUGCAAAUAUCUUUGUCCAUGGUUAUUGGGGGGUUUGUAAAAUAUUUUUGGAUUAUAUUGUACUGCGAAUAUUUCUUAGUGUAAUAAUCAGUUUGAUCUGUCAAGGCUGUAUUUUCAGACCAAAACAAACAAACCUGGUUGUGAUUUACUCAUUGUUCAUUGAAGCACUUCUUUAGUCUUAGUGGUCUGAAGAUUUAUUAUAUUUCUAGGAAACAACAUUUUAGUGUGCAGGCAAGAAGGUACUACGUGCUUUUGAGCUCCUUAGAGAUGCCGAUAGGCAGUGGUGAGUCACUCUGUCCGGACUGUGGCACGUGUCUCAGCCAUUGAGCAGCAACACCACAGGCAUGACACAACAUAGCUUUCAACACCUCUCAAACUACUGUGGAGUAACAGGCGUGAAUGCUCCAAACAGAGGGUAGUGAGGCCCCAGGGCCUUUUAAAAAAGUUGAUUUCUCUUAUUGCUAUUCUGUAAAGGGGAUGAGAGAUGAGCUAAUGUGAGGGUGAGUAUGUAAUGUUUGGUUCUGGCUCAAAGAGCGUUACCUUCCUUGCAUCCUAGGCAAACCUUUUCAUCACACACAGACAGACAUUUAAUCUUGUGGAAGACACAAAAUCUUACAUUCAACUUGUAGGUUAACAUGCAAAAAUCUCUUAGAAGUUCAUAUAGACAUACAAUAUAUCCAUCCGUCCAUCCAUUUUCUGUACCGCUUAUCUAACACAGGGUCCCAGGGAAACUGGAGCCUAUCCCAGGGAACUUGGAGCACAAAGCGGGGGACAUUCGGGGGACACUCACACACAUACAUUCCCACAGUACGCACAAUUUAGAGAUGUCAAUCAGCCUACAACGAGUGUGUUUGGACUGAGGGUGGAACCCGGAGUACCCGGAGGAAACUUCCUAAGCAUGAGGAGAACAUGCAAGCUCCGAACAAAUAGGGUGAAGGUGGGAAUCGAGCCCCGAACCCUGGAGGAGCAAGGCAAAAAUGCUAACCACUAAGCCACUGUGCCCAGCACAUACAACACAUAAUACCUCAAAUACAGCAAUACCAUAAACAUUACAAAUUAGACACUGCCAUUUCUUCAAACAUAUGUAUGCAGACAUGCACGUAGACACACACCUGCAACUGAGGUGCAAUAAAAGUCAAAUUUUUUCUUUAUGGGUUUCCUUCUCCCAAACAACCACUGAUGCUUCAGCUGGACCAGGCCCAUGUAAGCUUACAAAACAGACACGUCCAUGACAUAAUCCGUAUGAGCUAAGUCUGGGGAAGCAGAUGAGGGUCAGUGCAUCCUCUGGCCAUGAAGUUCGGCCUGUCUGUUUGUGUGUUUGAGGACUACCUAGUAACCACUGGGUGAAUUUGGCCCUCAGAGAACAGUAGCAUCUGUCCGCUGAUGUUGUUGAUGUAGACUUGACCACCCUCAGGAGCACCAUAUAGAGAUACUGAAUCACCAUGCUUUGACCAGCCAGGUGACAAGUAUAUUAGGUGUUAACACAUCAGUAAUGUUGAUGUAAUGGUAUAAGAUGUGCAUAAGCAGGGUAGUCAAAGACCAUCACUUUUUUAUUCUCCCUCCUUCUCUCUUGCCUUCUUUCUCACCUCUCCUCUUGCGCUCACCUCACCCUCCUUCUCAUGCUCUUAGUCAUUUUGUAUGUCAGUAUUUUAUUUUUCAAGGUCAUGCCUAGUGGAGCGGAGAAUGGCAAAUCGCUGGAGAAAUAGGCUGAAUGGUGCCAAGCCACAGCCUUUUUCCCUCUCCACGCUGCCCCCCCUCCCCCCCCAACAUCCCAAUGGUUCCCCCUCCCACUUCUGCUGUACCUCGAGCUCACAUAAGUGUGGGGGGUAUAAAUGGAGGUACAAAAACAGAGAGUGAUUCAGACACCAAGUGACAGAAAGAGAAGCGAUGGCAGGACAGUGGAUGAUGAUCCUGAUUGGCGUUUCUUUGUGGAUGACUUGCUCAGCAGCUCCAACCGAAUGCCACUUCAACUCUCAAGCUCUGUGCGAGUAUGAGGGAAAGUACUACUCGUUGGGUCAGAGCUGGAUGGAGCAUGGGUGCAUUCAGUGCACCUGUCUUCACCCUUUUGGGGUGGGCUGCUGUGAAAUUGUGCAGCAGCCAGUGGACUUCCCCCCUUGGUGCCAGGUGCGAGUUGAAUCUGUAACCUGCAAGGUGAGCUUGGUGCUGACCUCUGACCCACGUCUGCCCUGCAUUCCGGGAGAAGGGAACAGCGUGGACCCCGGUCAUGGAGAAAUGAACGUGAAACUAGCAGGUUAACAAGACAACAAAGCAGUUGAUCCGUCUGCCAAACCUGCACCAUGCCUGUCUGCCUGAGCUGUCAUUGUGCUUCACCUGUAGGAUCUGUAAUAAUGAUACAAUAACUAAUUUGCUUUUUAUAACCAUGAAAGUUAAACAAAGUGGUUGGUCAUGUGCUGCUCUUGUCGGGGGGUCGUGUCUGUCAACUGCUUUAAUAAAACAUACUGGGUUUAUAUCUUGCCUGGCUAUGGAGUGAUGAAAGAACCCUCUGGAGAACAAAUCUGGUAAUAACUGCAAAAGACUGUUAGUCUAGGUACAGGUCAUUCAUCUGUAGUAUUCACUAAUCCUCAGUCAGCACUUAUAGCCUGGAAAUUCUUCUUGAAGUACAUGUGCUGUUUUGGAGUGGUACUUCCUCAUCCUUCACACUGAUUACAUUGAUUUAAUCACACUUAUCUACUCAAAUAGCAUGGUCAUGAUACACUAAUUUUACCCAAUGCACUAUUGUAAAUAUCCAGCUUUGCACCUUCAACAAUAUAUGUAUUACAGUUUUAUUUUCACGUGUACCAUUUCAUAUUUACCUAAAUAAAAUAUAUUAAAAGUAACCCCUUGUCUGUUAAUGGUGGUGGGGAAAAUAACAAAAUAAUUUUCUCUAUGAUUUCACUCUUUUUAUUUGCAGAGAGUUCAAAACACUGUUAAUAACUGUAAUCGAGAAUUUGUCCGCUUGUUACGUGUAGAGAAAUAUACACUGAACGGAAAAGCACUUAUAUAUAUAUAUAUGUAAAAAAAACAAAAAAAACAAAGCAACUCUUAAUGUAAAAAUCAUAUACAUUAGCUUGCCAGGCCGGAAUACAAUAAAUAUGGAAAAGGUCCCAUGUUAAUGUGUGAAAUGUUAAAAUCAGGUCCACACACACACACACACACACACACACACA